AUGGAAACAUUAGAAGAAAGCAUACGUUUUAUUAAAAAGUUUACUGAUGCUUCUAUUUUCGAUCGAUUUUUGAACAAUACUGAUCAUCAAAAACAAUUUGAAAUACUCAAUACACAACUCUCACAUAUUGCGACCGAUCUCAAUUUAGGCUUGAAUAUUAAUUUAAUAUUUGAUCAACAUCAAGAUAUGAUUGAUCGACAAGCUGAUCUCGCUGAAAUAUCGUUGAAACUCGAUGAUAUUGCCUUAGCAAUGACUAAACAACAGCAAGAAUUAGUUCGUCAUAAAAAAGAUAUCAAAGAUGAAUUUCAAAGACGAUUUAAUUCAUUCAGAUUUAAUCUAAAGCAAGAUGUGCUAAAGGCUCAGAAUCCUGUUGAGGCAAAAAAAGUAGAAGAAGAAUCAAAACUUUUUCUUCAUAUACCCGGUUAUGAUCUAGAGAGUGAAGAACUCAUUGGUGAAGGUGCUUUUGCAGAUGUUUAUCGUGGUACAUGGCUGAGUCAAUACCAUCGUGUGGCCAUCAAAACAAUUCGUAUGACAUAUUUGAUGGACAAAUUGAGACAAAGUGUCCUCGAUGAAAUUGCUACCAUGUACAGAAUACGCUAUGACCAUGUACUCAAUAUUUAUGGUGCAUGUAUCGAACCAAACUAUUAUGCACUUGUUGUUGAACAUAUGUCGCUUGGAUCUCUAUUUGAUGUUUUGCACAAAAAAAAACAUGUUCUUUCUGGGACCGAUCGUUGGUCGAUUGCACUUCAAAUGACAAAAGGUGUUAAUCAUCUACAUACAAUGUCCAUUCUUCAUUGUGAUAUUAAGUCGCUCAACUUUCUCAUGGACUACACAGUAAAUGGCUAUCUCGUCAAAAUCAGUGAUUUUGGUUUGGCUAAAAUUCGGCAAGAAACAAGUCGACAGACGGCUGAGAGCAAUAAGCAGCAAGGAGUAACGGGAACACUUCAAUGGAAAGCACCUGAACUAUUCAAAUUUGGAAAACCAUCGAAGGCCAGUGAUAUCUAUAGUUUAGGUAUCGUCUUUUGGGAAUUAGCUACUGGAGACAUCCCAUAUGAUGAAGUGGACGAAAUAGUAAUUAUUCAGUGUGUCAAAGCUGGAGAACGACUCAAAAUUCCCAAUGGUGUUCCGAGUAAUUUUGAGUCGAUUAUCUCAAAUUCAUGGAGUCAUGAACCAAGCAAGCGACCAACGUCUCAAGAACUUAUCCAGCAGAUUAUCUCUGCUUCACCUAAUACGAUUGAAACGACUAUGAUGUGA